AUGCAUUACUUUAUCGUGAUCACAGCCUUCCUGGCUAGCAUGGCUGCGGCAGCUGACGACGGUCUCGCAGACCAGAAUGUCGCAGACCUCACACAAACAGACUGUACCGGUAUCGACGAUGCCACCAUUGCUGCCUACGACAUCAGCUGUCAGGAAGGCACGAGAGGAGUAGAGGCAGCACCUGUCAAUGAUGCCCAGAACAACGCAGGCGAUGUGGCUGAUGCCGAGCCAGCUAGCAAUGAUAAUGAGGUGCAGGGCGGAGCAGAAAACAUGGAAGCUCCAGUGGCCAGCAAUGAUAUCAACAGUGAUGGCAGCAACGCGCAAGAUGCAGAAGGCGUUGCGGAUCCUCAGGCUGGCGAUGACAACAGCAACAAUGCACAGGAGGAUACAGGUGAUGCUGCUCAGCAGGAUACACAGAACGUUGUGGAUGCUGAGCCUGACAACAACAAUGCCCAGCAGGACGAAGUAAAUGACCAGGAAAAUGCGGGCGGUGUUCAAGAUACAGGUGACGCUCAGCAAGACGAGACAAGCGGGACUCCCGGCGCGGCGGACCAGGAAUCGACAGACGGCACGGGCUUCGAUGGUACGGGUUCUGAUGACACGGGUUUCGACAAUACAGGCUUCGAUAACACGGGUUCCGAUGACACUGGCUUCGAUGGUUCGGAUUUUGACAACGCAAGCCUCGACAACACAGACUCCGACAACACAGGCUCCGACAACACAGGCUUCGAGAACACGGGCUCUGAUGAUACUAACUUCGAUGGCACGGGCUUUGACAACACAGGUUUCGAUAAUUCGGAUUUAGAUAAUACGGGCUUCGAUGGCACUGGUGAUGAUGGAGCUGGAAACAAUCUCUUGGACUCGGCUCCAGAGGGCUUCCAGCCCACUGAGUGA